AUGGUUACAUCGAUACAGGACGAAAACGGUUUGCCGAGAAAUACCAAUAUUGAACUCAAAGAUGGCAAAAACUAUGUCGCAAAGACUUCUAACACUACCAAGCUAGAUCUCGGCCAGGCGUCCCUUCGUGGCCAAGACGAACACAGACUGAAAAAUUACACAAGGAGAAACGAGAAGUUCGAUUUUAGUAUUUCCCUGGAUUCCGGGUCAGUUCAGGCAAGGUUUCCAGUAUUUUUUGGCACUGAUGAAGACAGUUUUCUGCGCCACCGCGAGCUGAGUUUGAAGAUAAGGAGACUGAAACAAGACCCAAACUACUUCUCCACGCAAAACCAGGGAGAAGCAAUUGGAAACUCGAACUUAUCAUGGUCGGCACUUGUUGAAAAGAAUGUCAAACCGAUGAUAGUGCCAAAAGUGAAGAAACCAAGUGUUAUUGCUGAUAACUCCCUAAAACCGCUUGGAUAUGUACUGCUGCGGAUCAUGGUGGAUGAUCUGUUCAAAACACCAAUUAUGAAGCCAAUAACGACCAGAGGAAUAGUCAACACGGGUAACAUAUGCUACAUGAACUCAGUUUUGCAAAUCCUGGUUCAUUGCGAUCCUGUGGUGAGGAUAAUGGAGGUGAUAACUAAAGGCGUCAGAGCCAAUUUUGCCGCUGAUUCAAAGUCACCUUUGUUGGAUGCCUUCACUAUGCUUAUAGAGCAAUUCACUAUCCCAUACUCGACCAAGGCCGUAUCACCAGCUACAUUUUUCAAUGCUGUUGCACGUCUGCCAAGGUUUGCGCAUUUGAGGUGGGGGAGACAGGAAGAUGCCGAGGAGUUUCUGGGUUAUUUGCUCGACGGAUUGCACGAGGAGUUUGUGGGUGCCAUAAAGGACCUCAGUGAAACGGAGAGACAGUCAUUACUUCAAAAGAUCGACGAUCCGGAGAGGAAGAUCUUCAUUCUGAACAGUCUUGAGGCCAUAGAUGGGAACUCUGGCUCUUCGGCUGGAUCUUCAACAACUUCAACACAAGCACUAUCCCGAGAAACAGAUGAUGGAUGGCAAGAAGUAGGGAACGACAAGAAGUUUGCAGCAAAGAGAACUGUCCAAGUCAAGUCGUCUCCUAUAACGCAGCUGUUUGGUGGACAAUUCAGAUCGGUUCUGGAUAUCCCUAGACAGAGGGAAUCCAAAUCUAUCACUCUGGACCCAUUUAUGCACGUGCAAUUGGAUAUUUCCGACCCAAAGAUCAACACCUUGGAAGAGGCUUUUUUGAAUCUGAGUGCAGCUGAAGAAAUACCCUACAAGUCGCAACAGGGCAAAGACGUCACUGCUAUCAAGCAGACUUUCAUACAUAAACUUCCCAAGGUACUGAUUAUCCAUCUGAAGCGGUUUGAGUAUGUCCCCGAGGACAGUUUUUCGUUCGGCAGAAUCGAGAAGUUGAAGAAGAAAAUCGAAUAUGGGUUUGAUUUAGAGAUCCCUCUGGAAAGCAUCAGCGAUUCCAGAAAAAGACUGAGCUCGAAGCCACUACACAGAUCGUACAAGUUAAUCGGAGUUGUUUACCACCAUGGAGCCGGGGCCGAAGGGGGCCAUUACACAGUGGAUGUUUUGAAGAGUGAAAAGAACAAAUGGCUCAGAAUCGACGAUGCUGCCAUUUCAGAGCUGAGUAAGGAAGAGGUUACUGAGAAUUCCACCUGUGAGGACGCAAAGAGUGCAUAUAUUUUGACGUAUCAGAGAUUGGACUGA